AUGAGGCGUGCUAAUGCUGCAGGCUUUCUUUUCAACGACUUGCAGGAUCAUGCUGACAAAGCUGACACUGCCUUUCUCGAGACUCCAAUGGUUCGAGCAAGGCGAAUGGCUGUCGAUUCAGCAUCCUUAGUUGACCACCAAGCACCAGAGCACUCGCUUCGUGUUGAGGAGUCUUCGGUGGACCUCAUGACCAGCAUGAAGUACGCUGGUGGCGCUGCUCUAACUGGGGGCGCGGCUUCAGCUGCCAAUAUGCUCUUUGGUGUCUCUGUCAUUGGGCUGUUAGUCUUCCAGUUUGCGCGUUCGACGGUGGGGAAGUACAUACCGCAGAAGCAGCCAGAGCUCGUCCCAUCGCCCCUGCUGUGCAAAGAUGGUGCGGAGGAUGGUGCGGAUGGUGCGGAUGCGGAGGAUGCGGAGGAGAGCCAGGACAGCCUUUGUUCGGGCCAUGGCGGCCAUGGCUUGGCGUCGGCCGUUCCACAAGAAUUUGUCGAAAGCAUGAGCGGUGGUGUGAUUAUUGUGAUUCAGACACAGAAAAUUGCCGUCCCUUCAUGGAAAUUCAUGGAAGGCACAUGUGGUAUCUGGUAUCAUGUGGUGAUGCAUCGAGCGAUUGAUAGGAGGACGCGACAUGAGGAAAUCGGACUUCUGGGGGAGAAGUGGCCGAAGGAUGCUAAGGUGGAUCCUGGCGAUUUGGCGUGGGCAUACGUCUCUCACAGCACCAACCCUCGACGCCCUGAAAGUAGUAUAGGAUGCGACAUAGCAACUUUGGAGCAAGGGAAAUUAGAUGAAAUUAGUAUGUGGUAG